AUGCCUGUAGGUCCACUGGAUGCCAAGAAGGACACCUCGCUGGGCCUCGACCCCGCGCGGUACAGCCCCAAGGCCGUCCCCAAAGGGUCCUUCGACCACGGCCUGCCCAAGAAGCAUGUGCCCUUUACCUGCGGGAGCCAGCGCUUCGGAGAUCCCAAGAAGGACUUCAGGCCCGGGCCUGGGGACUACGCGGCAGCGAAGCAGACGCUGGCGGGCUCCCUGGGGCGGGCCAGCAACAAGACGAUGGGGGUGCCCCCGGGAGAGCAGCGCUUGCUCUUCAAGUCUAGCAGUGCGCCUUCCAUCCCGCGCGACAACCAGUGCUACGGCUAUGACGAGGCGGGCGAUGGGCGCCUGGUGCGCCAGGGCCGGAAGGACGGGCUUCAGCAGCUCUCUGGCAAGCCGGGAGAUAGCGCUGGCCCGGGGCAGUACGACUCGCACAAGGUGCGGGCGGUCGCCAAUAGCGGUUGUGGCGGCCGGAUCAUGCCGCCAGGGAUCGACCCUGCAAGCAAGCCUUCGGAGACGCCUGGGCCAGGGCACUACCUGCUCAAGGGCAUCGCCCAGAGUGACAAGGCCGUGUGCUCCUCCUUCGUCUCGCAGACCGAGCGCGGGUCAAAGCACGAUCAGAAGUACGCUGCGGAGAUGCCUGGGCCGGGGCAGUACGCGAGGCAGAGCCGGCGCCCGAACAUGCGGGAGCUGCACCCAGAGCUCCAGUACUUUGGCAGUACUUCCGAGCGCUUCAAGGAGGAUGAGGCCACAGUGGUUGCCAGCAAACUGCCCGGGCCUGGACAGUACGGCGCGCCAGAUUUCAAGGGCCAGGGCAAAAGCUUCGCCUGGCUCAAGGGCAAGCGCUUCAAGGAGGAGAGGUCGGAGAAGCUCAGCCAAGGGCCCGGCCCAGGGGCAUACUACGACCCGGGGCAGCUCUGGCGCCACAGCUCCGUGUCCAUCCUGGGCAGCACUGGGGGCUUAGCCUUCGGUAGCAUGGAGGCAAGGCGAGGCAUCGCAGAUGCCAAGAAGGCGCAGGAGCCCGGGCCUGGGGCCUACCAAAACUCCGAGGGCGAGGACAGCGCCCCCAGGAAGCCUCGACGGGUGUUUCCGCCCAGCUCCUUCUUCCGGUCCACGGUGCCGAAGGACAUCAUGGUCUCUCAGUACCAGAGGGAUGGGCAGGUUGGCCCACCGCCCGGCGCGUACAGCCCCCGGUCUCUCAAGGAGCUCGGCGAGGUGCGCCGCCACGCCCCGAAGAACGAGGGCUUCGGCUCCGCAUCGGAGCGGUCCCUGGGGCUGCAGGGCUUCACGUCUCCGGGCCCUGGCUGGUAUGUCGUCAACGACGUGACUGGGGGCAAGGUCAAAGGAACCUUCAACCGGCAAGCCGUGGAGGCCGCGCCCGCCUCCGGCAAGCCCCGGGGCCUUGGCUUCGAGUCGCAGACCAAGCGCUUCGUCCGCGGCCGUGGCGAGGCAUGGAUCCUGGCAGCGCACCAAACAGGAAAUGCCUGGCCCUGGCACCUACACCACGCGCAAGGACUCGGAUUGGAUCACGAAGACACACAACAUUUACUUUGGAGACUUUGCCUGAUUGCAUGCCACGCAAAGCGUGGGCCCAGAAGACGUUUCACCGACUCGUCGCCAAAAUCAGGGCAUGGAUGGCGCACAUGGAAGAACUGA